AUGCUUGCAACUGUCAGUGUCACAUUCGACUUUGGAAAGCUCAGUGAUAUUGUGUCACUUGAUACUAUGAUGGAGUAUCAUUACGAUCGAAGUUCUGACGUCAUUGCAAACGUCGGCUAUUACAUCACGAUGGUUCCCGAAACAAUGGGCAAAAAACUUUCGUUUGUGCUCAUGGUGUGGAUCGAUGUGCUAGGUAAUGUGUUGCCUCCGUCUAAUGGGUCGUAUACUGAUGUAACGGUUGCCAAUGUCAAUUAUAAGCUAUUCCAUGGACAUAACAACGAUGGAAAUGUGGUGUUUACAUAUGUAAGGAAGGAGGUGACUAACAAGUUCAGUGUUGAUCUAAUGCAUUUCUUCAAUUACCUCUCGAAGUACAAACUAAUUAGCAUGUCCGACCGCCUGGCACACUUUCGUGCUGGUACAACCGUCACUGAACGUGCUUGGGGCAACUUUUCCUCGAGCAAUUUUGCGCUUCAUCCCAAGAUUGCAGCGCAUUUGUAA